AUGAGCAUAAAUGGAAACACAACAACCAAUGAUGAUGAUCCAUCGGUGACGAAUCCUGUAUCUAAUACCAAUCAAUUUCGGUGUAAUGUAUGCGAAAGACAAUUUCGUUCUAGCAGUGCUUUAUACCAACACGGAAAACGUUUGUCACAUUUAAAACGAGCGAUGAAGAUCUCCUCAACUCGUUGUACAACAAUCACAAAUGGAAAAAUCACUAGUUCUAUUCAACGACGUAAGCCACUCAGUAGGACUUCCAUACCCAUCAUUCAUAUGCCAUCACCGCCUCCACCGUCUUCUUCCGCUGUACAAACUGAACAUAUAUCAGCCGAUCAAAUCAUUAUUCGUCGAAAGCAAUCGAAAGAAAAGAAUACUACUAGUUAUACGUGUGAUUUAUGUGCUUGUCGGUGUUGGUCGAUACGGAAUAUGCGUCGACAUGUGCGCCUGCAUACCGAUGCUCGACCAUACAUUUGUAAUAUAUGUCAGAUGAAAUUUAAAUCUUAUAGUAACAUGAUGAAGCAUUUUAAAACCAGUCGCCAUCAACAAAAUCAAGAGGAUAAGAAAAAAAACUGGACAAUUGAUAAACAAGCACUUGAAGAGCAAAAUAAAUUGAUCAGACAAGUGCAUAUUAUCGACGAUGACAACGAAACAGAAAUAGAUAAAGUAUCGAAUGAGUCAUCAUCGUCUAUAGACGAAUCGAACAAUUUACUUGAAGAUUUACAAAUUCCCGACAGUCAGUUAAUUGAUGGCGAUGCUGCUGAAUUGGCUCUGAUAGAUCCCAAUACAUUCGAAGAAUUACACAAAGCAGCCGAAUGCUUACUAAAUUUGCAAGGUGUUCUCUACUUUGGUGAAGACGAAAAUGGACCUGAAAGAUCUACUUCACUUCUCUAG